AUUUAAAUGCCUAACCUUCUUCUUCGUCUGCCUUUGCUGGGUGCAAUUGAAUCGCCGUUUCAGUCUCUGAACUCCAUCGGUUCUUUAUCGGCGCUCUAGACACCACAGUCGGGAAUCAUGGGUAUCUCACGAGAUUCGAUGCACAAGAGGCGUGCCACUGGAGGGAAGAAGAAGGCCUGGAGGAAGAAGAGAAAGUAUGAGCUCGGAAGGCAACCGGCGAACACGAAGCUGUCGAGCAACAAGACGGUGCGUAGGGUGAGAGUUCGCGGAGGUAAUGUGAAAUGGCGUGCCCUGAGGUUGGAUACUGGAAAUUUCUCAUGGGGAAGCGAAGCUGUAACGCGGAAGACUCGUAUUCUCGACGUUGUGUACAAUGCGUCGAAUAAUGAACUGGUUAGGACACAGACUUUGGUUAAAGGUGCUAUUAUACAAGUGGAUGCUGCACCUUUCAAGCAGUGGUAUCUUCAACAUUAUGGUGUUGAAAUUGGUCGGAAGAAGAAGACUGCUGCCAAGAAGGAUGGAGAGGAAGUUGAGGCUGCUGCUGCUGAAGAGACAAAGAAGAGUAACCAUGUCCAGAGAAAGCUAGAAAAGCGCCAACAAGAGCGCAGUAUAGACCAACAUAUUGAGGAACAAUUUGGUGGUGGCAGGUUGUUAGCAGCUAUCUCCUCCCGUCCUGGACAGUGUGGACGUGCUGAUGGGUAUGUGUUGGAAGGGAAGGAAUUGGAGUUCUACAUGAAGAAAAUCCAGAGGAAGAAGGGCAAGGGUGCCAGCGGUGCUUAAGUCGUCUCAAAGCUCAUCAAAUAUUUACCCCCAAAACUAUCCUUUUUGUCGGUUUAUGAAAUGUGCUCAACACAUUGAACUUCAGAAGUGUUGCGCUGAACCUUUUCAUUAGUUAAUGGUAUAAUUUCUUGACGACUAUUGUGCUUUGAUUUCGAUACGCGUAAUAGAUGCUUUGGCUGAUAAAUUUGUGUUUCUUUUGCUAUUAUAUAUAAACUGCAAUUGCCUGCA